GCAUGAGCUGUCGUGUUCGCGACAUUUAGGGAGGAACUAAAGAAGGGAGCAUUUUCUCUGAGAUAUAAAGAGGAAGAGAGAACCAAGACGAUUUUACUUGUGAAAUAAGAAUUGGUUCCAAGUAAAUGCGAUCAACUUGAGGCACAGAUCACCAUGGGGGACUGGUCUUUCCUGGCCUCCUUGCUGAAGAAGGUGCAGUCUCACUCCACGGUGGUGGGGAAGGUAUGGAUGAGCGUCCUCUUCCUCUUCCGGCUCUUCAUCCUGGCCGCUGGUUUAGACAGCGUCUGGGGAGAUGAACAGGCCAGCAUGAACUGCAACACUAACUCUCCUGGCUGCAAGAACGCCUGCUACGACCACGCCUUCCCCCUGUCCCACCGGCGCUUCUGGGUCCUGCAGAUCCUCUUUGUGUCUCUGCCCACACUCAUCUACCUGGGUCACGUCCUGCUGGUCAUCCGCAAGGAGGACAAGCUGAGAAGGAAGCUGGGUGAGAAGUUCAACAAGAAGGGCCUGCCCAGGACGCCAAAGUACUCUGACGAACACGGCGCGGUCCAGAUCAAGGGUUCUCUGCUGUUCAGCUACAUGAGCCAGCUGGUUGUGAAGAUCAUUCUUGAGGUGGCCUUCAUGGUGGGCCAGUACUACAUCUACGGCUUCAUCUUCAUGCCCACUAAGAUCCUGUAUGGCGAGUACCCCUGCAGGCAGAUCGUGGCGUGCUUCAUACCGCGGCCCACAGAGAAGAGCAUCUUCAUCGUGUUCAUGCUGGUGGUGUCCGGGAUUUCUUUGGUGCUUACCGUGGUAGAGCUGAUCUACUUGACGUGUUUGUCACUGGGAGCCAGGAAGAGAAGGGCCUCCACCUCCACCACCUCCACAGAGAUAUACAACCUGAGUCCAGUGAAACACCGGACCAAGGCAGAAUCCACAAUGUGCUAGCUCCCAUGCAGGGAAAACUACAUUAUAUACUAAUAAAUGGAAAGUUAUUUAAAUCAUUCAAAAUUUACAUUGUAAGGAUUUCUAUGUCCAUAGUUUAUGAAAAAGACGAAAAACGUUACACUUCAAAUACCUAAACGAUUGAGCUUGGGAGUGGCCUAGUGGUGGCGUGCAGCGCCUGGUGUUGGUGAUGAGGUGUAUAUGCCUGCCAGGAAUGGUCAACCACCAGGUGGACUCCCACUCCCACUGUUUCUACGUUUUUUAGGUUGGAGACUCAAACCUACAAACUUAACCUGUCACUCAAACUGUUUAUUGACGUUAGAUAUGAGCAGAUUAUACUUUUAAUCCUAUUUGUACUACACUUAAUGUAGUACAAAUAGUAGUAAUAAUAAUUGUGCCCCAAAGCCUACUCUUAGGAAUUUACAGAGAUUGUUGUUUAUAUAUCGAUACAUUUUUUAUAUAUGUUUUUAAUGAAUGGAUGAAUAGUUCUAGAUGUCACUGUUUCAUCGUAUUUGUAUUUGUUCAUGAGUAACAAAACACGUGAAACAGUGUCAUCGCUACCAACCCGCUUGACCACACUGUUGGAUAGACAGACAGGAGAAAACCGCAGCCAUUUCACGUUGAUCAGCUUUGUCUAUCACGUGAUUGCUGGAAUUUAUUUGUUGAAACUACGUGGUGAGAUAUAAUAAAGAAAAUAUCAAAACUA